AUGCUUCGAUCUCGCGUUUCAUCAAUUGUUCAUCCUCAAGUAUUUACAUCAAUUCGUUAUUAUUCAACUAAACGACGUGAACUUGAUGCUGUCAUCUUCGAUGUGGAUGGCACACUAAUCGAUACUGUUGAUUACCAUGCUAAGUCUUGGUACGACGCAUUACAGCAUUACAAUAUCAAGUGCAACCUACCUGAUGUUCGUAUGCAAAUUGGCAAAGCUGCUGAUCAGUUGUUGCCUGUGUUUGCAACCGAAGAGCAAAUUAAGAAAUACGCAGAAGAGAUCAAGGCUCGAAAAGCCCGAUUAUUUCAAGAUAACUAUUUAGAAAAGGUUCGUCCAUUUCCAGGUGUUCGAGAAUUGUUUGAACUGAUUAAAAAACGCAAUGUCCGUAUUGCUUUGGCAUCGUCAGCACAGCAGGAUGAAUUAGAACUUUAUAAGGACAUCGCCAAAGUUAGUGAUCUAGUUGACUGUCAAACAAGUUCAAAUUCGAAGGAUGUAAAACGAUCGAAACCUUAUCCUGAUAUCUUCUUAGCAGCAAUGAAAUUGCUAAAAAAUGCUGGAAAUGAUCGAGUUGUUGUUAUUGGUGAUACGCCAUGGGAUGCACAAGCUGCUCGAGCGGCAAAAUUGAAAAUAGCCGGUGUUCUCUGUGGUGGUUUUGAAGAGAAGCUAUUACGUGAAGCAGGCUGUCAAUGGAUCUACCCAGAUAUUCUCGGUUUAACUAAGAAUUAUGAUCAGUUAACGAAUGAUAUUUUAAAAGGCUAG